AGAAAACUUUCCGCUGUGCUUUUGACAAGACAGUGGAUCGUUGAGCAGCAAUUAUUACGGAGCCGCACUUCCAGACCGACAAUUCCCACCCCUUCCGGAACGGCUGUAUAACUCACAUUCCUCGAAAUUCUCCUACUCCGCCAUCAUGUCAGGUACAAUGUACGACGAGCACGUUUAUGCACCCUCACGGCGCCAUUCAGUUGCUACUCCUCCCCCAUCCAUGACUCCACGACAUAGUCGGACCCGCAGUCAAAGUGUCAGAGUAAGCAACGGCACCGUGAGCACAAAUACAAGCGUUUCGAGUGGGAGGAUGUCGGAAGCUACAAACAUUACACAUCCGCCUGCGUAUUCCAAGAAGUUUGUUGUGGUUGGCGAUGGUGGAUGUGGAAAGACGUGCCUUUUGAUCAGUUAUUCCCAAGGUUAUUUCCCAGAGAAAUAUGUUCCUACUGUGUUCGAGAACUACAUCACACAAACCACCCACCGAGCCUCGGGCAAGACGGUUGAACUAGCCCUCUGGGAUACAGCUGGACAGGAAGAAUAUGACCGCCUGCGUCCACUGUCAUAUCCGGAGACGGACCUGUUAUUUGUUUGCUUUGCGAUAGAUUGCCCUGCAUCUUUGGAAAACGUUAUGGACAAGUGGUAUCCUGAAGUCCUGCACUUUUGUCCCACUACCCCGCUCAUUCUGGUUGGGUUGAAGUCAGAUUUGCGCUCGAAGAGAACGUGUAUCGAACUUCUAAAGACCCAGGGUCUAACGCCUGUGACACCGGAACAAGGUGAGGCGGUGGCGCGCAGGAUGAAUGCCUCUUACAUUGAGUGUAGUAGCAAAGAAAUGCGCGGCGUCGACGGCGUCUUCUCCCUGGCGGUCGAUACCGUUGUCUCUGCGGAGGAGCAAGACUGGAAUGACCGCCAGACGUCUUCUACUCCCGGAAGCAAACCUAAAGUCGGUGGUGGAGGCGGAGGAAAGAAGGUCAAAAAGCGUUCCUGCAAGAUUCUGUAGACUUUGGUCUUCUUUUGAUGUUUGUCUGGUCAUGAUCAUCUGCCCUUUUGGUUUCGCCUAUUCUUCCUCUUGCGAUGUCUGUUUUUCUGCCAUUCCUGUUAU